AUGAGAGGUCGAGGCGGCUGUACAUGUUGCACUCACCCCAUAAAAUCCGCCGCCCUCUUCUCGGCUCACUUGCAUUAUGCCAGCAGGCGGUGCUGCCAGGGUCUGAAAUAUUUUGCUGAGGAGUGACUUCGUUGAUUGAAUCUUCAGUUUCAUGUUCACAAUGAAAACGCUGCUGGUUGCAUUACUUGUCGGCCUGCUGCAAGCUGCUGGUGUUGACGGCGCGACGAGGGUGGACGCCAAGCGACAUCUGCUGCAGCGCCUGGAGGAGCUGGGGGGUCCUCCCAUCGUGCCAAGCGUGAGGCCAGGCGUCUGUCCGUCAGGGACCUCUUGGGGGCUGGACCUGAGACUGAGCUCGAGAUAAAAGACAUUAGUCGCAACGCCCAGGGCAUGGUACUGGUGAAAAUGGAAGAAAAUACAGAGGUCGCCAGGUGUUCGACUCUCAGAUCACCGUGGAGUCCGACCCUGUGGAGCAGGAGAUUGUGGACAUCACAGGCUCGUUUGUCAAGGAUAUCGAGGACGACACGGGUGGCCAGCCCAGUGUGUACCCGAACCAGGCCCUAUACGCAGUGCUGCAGGAAAUGGGGGACAACCGCGACAAGGCCAACGACAUCAAGAUUGAAAUAAAAAUCUUUCUUGACGAAAACAGUCAGGCGUUCCCUGGAUAUUUCGUCCAGUACCUGGUGGAGGAUGACAUUCGGCCUCGAAGACCCACUGCUAUCGUGGACGGACGCGAUGGGAGAGUGGUCAUGAAGUGGAACUCUUUGUCCACCUUGUGUCCAGACGCGCAAGGUGUCGGGGGCAAUGAGAAGGUGGGGCGGCGAGUGUUUGACGGGGAGCAGUUCCCCUGCCUGGAAGUCACCAAGGACGGUGAAGAGUGUGUGUUGGAGAACCGGUGGGUCAAAGUGGUCAACAUGGACGGUUCGAAGCUCUACAACAUCACGAACGCCAUGAAGUAUGACUGUCACAUGGCCAACGACUCUAUCAACGGUGCCUAUUCCCCAGCUCUGGAUGCCUUCUUCAUCGGAACUCGAAUAGUCAAGAUGUUCUCAGAGUGGUUCAACAUAACCGUCAUCAAGGAUAACAAGCUCAUUCUGAGAGUGCACUACGGCAUCAACUACACCAACGCUUUCUGGAAUGGAGCCAACUGCACCUUUGGCGACUCUAUGGGCUUUCUGUUUCCCUUCGUGGCCCCUGACACAGUCGGACACGAGGUCGGCCAUGCCUUGAUCGAACAACACUCAGGUUUGCUCUGGUACCAGGAGCCUGGCGCCAUCAACGAGGCUUUCGCCGACAUCACAGGAGAAGUCAUCGAGCAUUACAUUUCUGGCCAUGACUGGAUGGUCGGCAUGGACAUCGUGCGUGGAGGGACGCUUUCAGGUGCGUGCGAGUGUCUUCAGUAUUUCGAUGAACCUGAACGGAACUUCUUCAGCAUCUCCAACGCCCAGAACUUUGAGGACUACAUGGGGCCUCACGAGAGCGGCGGGGUGCUGGCCCAUGCUUCUACCUCCUCGUGCAGAACCGUGUACCGCGUCUUCCUGCACGCCAAUCAGAUGUACUGGCAUCAGAUGUCCACCUUCAAGAGCGUGUGCGAACUGAUGAAGAGUGUGUACGACCUUGGGCAGAACGGAGGCAUUUACAAAGAAGUGUUCGAGCACGUUGGAAUACAGGUGUGCGAGACAGAAGAUCACGUGGUUGGACUGCGCAACAACCAGACCUACCGCAACCUGCACGUGUCCAACACCACGCGCCCCGUCUUCACCUUCGGGCUUCCCGGCGAGUGGACGGCGAAGUUCUGGGUCAAGGCGUCAAGCCAGAAAGGUGACGUGCACAUCACAGUCAGCAAUCAGACUUGGCUCCAGGCCUACGAUCCAGACACUCCAGGCAUUUUGGUCGAAGGACUUGGCUCUGUGUCAUACACUGUCACCAACAGGAAGCUGUACCACGUGACCAUAACCUUGUCUAGCGAUUCAGCAGAUCUGUGGGACGACGUAGUUCUGGAAGCAGGCUACCUGUGCCUGGCAGCCCAACCAAACAAGCCAUGGCUACUUUGAGUAUUUGAGGGGGGAAUUUUGCCCUAAAGAUUAGUGAAUGUUAACUAAAUAUUUCUGGUGGACAAAACUGCAAAGUACCUGAAACAAUUCUACUAUAAAUUAAAAAAAAACUGGCAUAUAUAUAUUUUACUUUGCUAAUGAACUAAAAAGAGGAAAACCAGGUCACUUUUGUAAAUAGAAAAAGCAAAUGUAAAUACUGUAGCCAUACCUGCUUCUGUUCUUGUCUGCAUAUAAACUAUACAUUUUAAAAAAUCCCAUAAAACAAUUAUUUUGCAGUAGAAAUGUAUAUAAGUUUUUAAUAUAUAACUUCUGCAACAGUUUUGAAGAGUAAUUUAUGACAAUUUUGAUGGAGGUAGUGGGAAAAGAACUUGAGAAAAUGAAUAAGGAAACUGUUUUUAGAAAUUAUGAGUUUGCAUGAAGGCAUAGAGAAUUUACUUGAAUCGUUUCAAUCAUAUGAUGAUUUCUGCCUUACCUGUUCAUUAAACUGCAUUUCAAAAAGGUA